UCCCAGUUGGAGCAGACUGGAGAAUGUGACGGCCUCAGGAAUGUACACACUAGAGGCCGGUCUGUCUGUCUCCUGUGUGUCGUCUUCAUGGGUGAGACUUUGUAUUACCUGCAGAGACUACCUAAUAUGGCCGCAGUGAUCUGAUGCUGGGUGACUCCUCUAGUGCUGGGAAUAGCACUGAUUACGAUUAGGCGCCGAGAUUGAAACUGGAACGUCACGUUGAGAUCUGUCUGAGGAGUGAGAUCUGUCUGAGGAGAUCCCGGCGGCUUGGUAGUGAUAGCACGGGCCGUAUUCCGGAAGGAAAUGGAGACCAGACGUCAGCCUGUGAAGCGCAUGUGCACAGAAUCGGUUAACAAGACCCCGAGAAAAAGACGUUUCACUCCACUACAGGAUGAGAAGGAGAACAGGGUUCCUGCGGUUUUGGGUGGUCCGGAGGUGGCAUGCAGUGAUGGCUGGUCUUCCCUGCUGCGAAUCACAGAACAGGAAAUUAAACCGGACACCCCAGCGGUUCCAUCCGUCAAAUCCCGCAUCCAGAUGCUGCGAGACAUCAGCAUGAGAGCAGAUACAACUCCAGAUGCGGGGGAAGAUUUACAAGGCGUGCCCCCAACAGAGAAUGGCAAGAACAACUGUGUGCUGGCCGAUCCUGCUCUGGAAGUGGAACCAGAGACCAUUACAGGGCACUGGGACCUGAACCCUGGAAAUAAGCCGGUUAUGGAGGAAGGACUUGUGCCGGUGACUCACAGCACUUUGGCGAUUCGCGGCCCUCUACUUUCCACAGGUGUCAACCUGCCAAGUGAAGAGACUGCCAUUCGUCUCCGCAGGGAGCGACAGGAAGAGCUGGCGAUGGUGUGCACAGGACUGGAUCACAGUAACCCCUGGAGAGCGGAGUCUAUGAGACGGCGCCCGAGGAGUGUUGAGGAACAAGACCUCACCAGAGGGAAAAGGCGUCGGCGGGUGAGAGCUGGGCGUGGGCGUGUGAAAAUGGGCCCCUUGUUGGAAACACAUUCAGACUCCAGUGGCUCAGAUACCAUAGAGCUGUUUUCAGAAGGCGGAAACGAAUCUAUAGAUGUUUCCGACAACCGUUACAUCUCCUCCCUGGAGGUUCAGCUCCAAGGCACCUGCAAUUCUGACUGCAUGGACGGCGACAUCAGCCAAGGGAUCAUCAACAGCUCCGCGCUGAUUGACCAUUUAUUUGAGGCUGCGCUGGAUGCAGGCGACUGUUCAGAUGCGCUGGAUGCGAGUGGCAGUUCGGCUGCGCUGGAUGCGGGUGAUAAUUCACAUGAGCUGGAGAUGGACCUUCCUCCGAUGUCCAUUCUGUCUCCUCUAACCAAGUCUGCGGAUAUUCAGGCAGCGCUCACUCCUCUGAACUCUGUUGUGUCCAGUUUGCCGGAGCUGCUGGCAGAUCCCCUGGUAACUCCAAAGACCUCAGCUGAUGAGCAGAAUCAUCUCCACUACAGCAUAGACGGUUACAGGACAUUGCGAAGAAAUGUACUAACGGAGGUGAAUGCCAAGCUCUGCCCACCAACCCAGAUCCACCAUUCUGAGAGUCUGCAGGCAGCACGGGGCGGCGCAGACCUGAAGGAGGGCAUCAUGCUCCUGAGUAAGGAGGCGACCUCUCUGCAGCGUAUCAUUGAGCAAGCCUGCACUGCGUUGAGCUGCUGUGUGGAUGCUGAACAUGGAAAGGGCACGCGGCAGGAGGCGGAAGCAGAGCGCUUGCUCUUGCUGUCCACUGAGAGGAAGGGCGCUCUGCUGAAGGAGUUAGAGCGCCUCCGAGGACAAAGGUCAGAGGAUCCUGAACCCAGUCCUUCCAGAGAGCUGAGGCCUUGCCGUGCCACUGUGUCCAUAUGUGACAUCCAGCUGCCGCUGAAGGUGGAUUACGUCUGCUCCACACUCCGGGAACCAGGCCAUUACUUCCUCCUACUGAUUCGCCUCGGGAGCCAUGAUGUUGUGGCCACUCCUCUGGCCAGCACUGCCGAUGCCCAGACUGGAGACGCCAUCCACUAUCCUACAACAGUCACACUGAAUGACGCCGCCUCUGACUUCAGAAUAGAGAUUGAAGUCUACAGUCUGGCACAGGGGGGCGCAGUCUCGGCCCUGGACAAGAGGAAGUCCUUCAAGCCCAAGAUGACUCCUAAGAAACUUCUUUCCUCCCGGAAAUCUUCAUUGAACUCUCCAGCCUAUAGUCCUGCACUCAGCAUCUCUCUACGUUCCAGUAGUUUCCUACUUGUUGGAUCGCUGACUGUCUCUCUGGAGUCUCUGGGCAAGUUUAGGUUUCCCCUGGAAAAGAUGAAAUUGGAAGGGAAGGUCGGUCGUCUACUUGGAAGUCAUUUCCAGGAUAAGGUGCCAUUUUUAUCCCCGCUGGAGGGGAACCUGUACCUGACGUUGCAGUGUCAGAGCCACUCUUCUGUACAGCGCAGCGGAUUUCUGACCAUGUUUGAGGAUGUCGGUGGCUUGGGAGCUUGGCACAGACGCUGGUGUCUCCUGUCUGGAAACUCUUUGUCAUUUUGGGCAUAUCCUGACCAGGAGACCUCUAAGGAACCUCUGGUCAGGAUAAAUCUCAUCAACUGCACUAGUGCCAAGAUCGAAGCAGCCAAGAGAGAGACAUGUGCCCGGGCCCACACCAUAGAGCUCAUCACCAUGAGACCUCAGAGAGAAGAUGACCUGGACACUCUCGUCACACAGUGCCGAAACACUUUGUGCUUCACCAAAAACUGGCUGUCCGCAGACACGAGGGAUGAGAAGGACCUGUGGAUGGACUGUCUAAACCAGGUGCUGCUGGAUCUGCGAACCUGGAGAACCAGUCCAGGGAAGAUGAUGACCCCAAAUCAACCAGCCCCUAAAUGAUUGAUCGCUCUGCUGUUCUGCGCUGAGCGCUGCAUUAUACCUGAAGCUCUGUUAUCCAUGGGACAAGGGAACUAUAUAUAUUUCUGAGUGACGUACCCGUCUCCAGCUCUGGCUUCCUAUAGUCGCACUGUCACAAUUGUCUCCCUGUGUUGUACGGUGUAAUAGUUACACCCAGGGGCUCAUCCACAAGACGAUGGGUUAGGGAUGAGAUGAUCAUUAUACCAUUCUGUACUUUAUAUGGCUAAUGCUGCUCUGUUAUUUUAUAUUGAUCUCUGAACAUUAAAGUAUCUAUAAUAUAUAAA